AUGGAAGCGAACGGGCCAGAGCGGCUUCAGCUGCCGAACGAAAGUUUUACUACCCAAAAAUCAAAACGAGUACAACUGAUGUCUGUUACUAAUCAAGCCUUGUUACAUACUGCAGUUGUGUACAUUCGUGGAUCCAACGGUGAACUUCAGAAAUGUCGUGCGGUUCUAGAUUCCUGUGCUAUGUCAACCUUCAUGACAACUGCUUGUGCACGUAGAUUGCGACUCAAAACAUUCUCGUCCAACGUAUCAGUUAUUGGAUUUGGUGGAACAGGAAAGAAAAUUCUGGAAGCUACUGUAGCUCAAGUCAAAUCGAAGUCGUCAUACUGCAGUUCCUUUGCUGAAUUUUUAGUGACCCCCAACAUAACCAGUAAGCUACCACUACAGAUGUUCGACAUCGCAAAUUGUAACAUUCCGGAGUGGAUAGAUUCUGCUGACCCACAGUUCAAUCAACCUGCUAAAAUAGACAUUCUCUUUGGCAUACUUGAGUGGGACAAAAUGGUUCUAAGCAAAACAUACAAGGUUGGAGAUGGGCUGCCUACUUUGAGACAAACUGUCUUUGGAUGGGUGGCCGGCGGCCAAGUAUCCCAACGCGGCAGCUACCCAGUGUUGCAGGCAUUACCAGUGACGAAUGAACAGCUCGACGAACAGCUUUCGAAAUUUUGGCAUCUUGAAAAUUACAGUUCUGAACAAGUUUGGUCGUCUGAAGAGUUAGCCGCUGAAGAUCAUUUCGUGUCCACUCAUCGUCGCGACAAUCAUGGUCGUUACAUCGUGUCAUUGCCGUUUAGAAAUCCAGACGUAGAAUUGGGAGAUUCCAGUCAUAUCGCACAUCGUAGAUUUCUAAGGCUCGAAGCUCGUCUCGUCAAAGAUCAACAAUUGUACAACGAUUAUAAAGAAUUUAUGCAGGAGUACAUAAACAUGGGCCAUAUGAAACGUGUUGGCACCUACAAUCCAGCAGAUCCAGUACCAGAAGCUUGCAAUUUUAUGCCCCAUCAUGCUGCCGUUCGGCCGGAAAGCAGUGCAACGAAAGUAAGGAUAGUUUUCGAUGCCUCUGCGAAAACGAGUAAUGGACAGUCGCUGAAUGGCCAGCUUAUGGUAGGCCCAACUCUACAACCGCGUUGA